AUGGAGGAUUUACAACAGUUUAUAAAAAAAAUCAGAGCCCAUAAAGCACGCAAGAGAUUAGUUGACAAAUCAAAGUGGAAACGUGAAGUAUUGCGUGAAAAAAGAUUAGAUGAGAACAUUAAAAAAGAAACAAAUACUGAGAUCAUAAAUAAAUUGAUAAUUGAAAAAAGAGUCCACCAUUUGAGGUUCAAAGCAUUCUAUGAGAUCUUGCAGGAGCAAAGAAGUGAUCUUCUAACAAUAAGCUUCGAGUGUCAAAAAAAUUUAGGGCAACCUAAAGUGCCAGAUCAGUCCGCCUACUAUAGCCGCCAAUACAAUUUCUACAACUUAGUAGUUGGUAGCACUAAGGCAAAAUUGACCAAGGAAAACAUAUUUGCAUAUACCUGGAAUGAAACCAUACACAACAAAGGUAGUAAUGAAAUCAUUUCAGCAGUUCAUCACUUCUUAACUAAUGUAGAUAUCAAAGAAGAAAUCAAAGUUUUAAGAACAAUAGCAGAUGGCUGUUCUGGGCAAAAUAAAAAUUCCGGCAUGGUAGCCAUGCUUGGAAAGUGGUUGACAACAGAAGCACCCAGACAUAUCAAAAGGGUAGAAAUAGUUUUUCCUGUUGUAGGGCACUCUUUUAUCCCAACCGACCGCCUGUUUGCUCAGAGAAAGAUUUGA